AUGCUCUCUCAGUCGCCGCAUAUCACGGGCCAUCUCCGAAUGAGCCGCAUGCGCGUUGGAUUGCAGGCUACUGCCGCAAGAUCCCGGCCGACAUCUACUACUUCCCUGUUCCCCAGACGAGACAUGCACACAGCUCUAUUCUUCCCGGGACAUGGAGUUCAACGGGUUGGCAUGGCGAAUACCUGGAUUGAAAGCUUCCCUCACACGGCCGCUCGGAUCCUGGACGAGAUGGACAGCACCCUUGGAUUCAAAAUGUCCAGCAUCAUAUCCGAUGGGCCCAACUCCAAGCUGAACAAAACUGAAAAUUCGCAACCCGCAGUCAUGGCAGUCUCAAUUUUGAUACUUCGCAUUCUUGAGGACGAGUUCGGAUUCAACGCCAAAUCUCGGGUGGACGUCACGCUUGGACACAGCCUAGGAGAAUUCUCUGCACUGGUUGCCGGUGGGUAUUUUGAAUUCAGCGAUGCCCUCAAAUUAGUCCGACGCCGAGCGGAAAUAAUGGCCCAGUGUACGCGAAACCUGGCCGAGAAAUCCGGGGAAACUUAUGGAAUGGUUGCUCUUCUCUGUGAACCUGAACAUUUGGACAGUUUACUUCGAACGGUUCAGGAAUUCCUAGGACUUGAGCCCCCAGGCAUCGAAAGCGACCCAUACCACCCGGUCCCAGCAAUACCGCAGGUGGUGGUCGCGAAUAUCAACUCAAAAAACCAAAUUGUCUUGAGCGGCAGCCUUGACCGGAUCAAAACUCUCCUAGUCCAACUGCGUCAAUUUGGAGGUCAUGAUCCACGGGCUGUCAGAUUGAAAAGUGACACCCCCUUUCAUAGCCCUUCCAUGGCGCCUGCUGCCGAGUACAUGAGAAAUGCGCUUGAGCAAAUCAACAUCACCUUCCCUGCUUCAGUGCCAUGCAUAUCAAAUGUUUCCGCCUUGCCCUUUCAUUCUAAGGAUGAUCUUAAGAAUCUCCUUUCCAGGCAAUGCAUUGAUACAGUGAGAUGGUGGGACAGCAUACGCUAUCUUCACCAGGAGCGAGGUGUGAGGCGUUGGAUCGGAAUCGGACCAGGAAAGGUUGGCAGGAACUUAGUUGGCAAAGAGGUCGGAAGAGUUGACGCCAAAGGUGGAGGAGUGUGGGCUGUCUGCGAUCCCCGUGAAAUGUCAGACAUCAUGGUUUCCUUGGAGCAGACUGAAAUUGAACCUACGAGCCACUAA